GUUGAGGUUAGAGAAACUUUCUUUUAUUACGCAUCUUUUAACGACGUCUGUAUCACAAACGGAAAAAGAUGCGGAAUUUUGCAGUCGCAUUAAAGCUAUUUGUCUUAAUAGCGUCAUGGCUCCCGCUAUUCGUACACAGCACACCAGCAUUCAAUGAAGUAAACGGCUACCAAAGAAACGGCCAACGAUGUCCGUUACCAACCUAUCAUUCUUACCAAUGUUCCCAUCUCUGCGUUCGAGACAUUCAAUCCUGUCCAGCCCAAUUCCGACCCAGUUGUGACGACGGUCUAACAUACUGCGUGGAUGGAUCGUGUCGCGCAUCAUGUCCCCCCGAUCUUGCCUCAGGUUGCGCUUGUCCCGGCACACCUGCACUUCAAGGCCUCGUCUAUCCAUGUCAAGGCGGCCAGACGGUCGAUAUUCCGCAGUUCAAUGCGUCCGAUAUGGAUCAGCAAACCAUGACAGCGUGUUCCAACCAGAUUGGUGUCAGUGGACCAGCAUGGAAUCCGAAUCCACAGUCGAUCAUGUGGGGCGAGUGUCCAGCGCCGGAUUAUGGGCCAUUGACGUUUACUGAGCCUGCGUUUAUUGCGCUGUAUACGUUUUAUGGUUCAUGCGUGGCCUCUUUGGUCGGAUGGACGUUGUAUAAACGGUUCAGAGAAAAGUUUAUCAAAAUGAAGUUUAAUCGCUUGCGCACGACGCAUAUGCGCGAGUACCAGAAUGAUGGUGACGAAGAAGAAAAGAAAGCAGCAACAGCCAAUCCACCCAAAAACGUCCUUGAAGACGAUGACACCUCAUCCUAUCUGUCCUCGUUGGAACCCGAGGAGAAGAUGGUAAUCAAGGCAUACAAACGCGACUAUAUUGGCAUGUUUGUCUUUUUUCUGUACUUUCUCCAAACGAUUGGCAUGAUUGCCUAUAUGAUCAUGCUUACUCAAGACUACUAUGACGAGUACCUUCUGUUCCGAGGCGAUCAAACUGUCCAAGCAAGUGUGUUUAUUGCCAUGUGGUACAUCUUUUUCGGAUGGUUUGCUGCCCUGGUCAUGUUCCAACAUCGAUUGCCCAACUUUUUCCGUAUUCAAUGCACUUAUUCCGAAGGACAAUAUGUCCAAGUGGAAAAAGAUGAGCCAGCAAUGAUCUUUUUGGAAGACGAUGACGUUAUCAUGAAAAACGUGCGUCGACUCGAAGAAUGGGGCAAGCGCGUCUUGGGUCUGGACGUGGUCGUGACCACUUCACCAUUGCAAAAGACACGCACGGGCACCAAGUUUUUCGUGUACCAGUGCACACGCUAUGUGUACCAUCCCGAAACCCAGUUGUUCACGCCGCAUGAAUUUGAUCUGGGUGGCACCAAUGCUGAACUGGCUCAACAGACCAAGGGCCUGUCCAACGACGAAGCCGCUAAACGCGAGGAGCUUGUAGGCCCUAACUUUAUCGAGGUCUACGUGCCCAACUUUUUGAUGGCUGUGCUGCGCGAAUUCUCGUCGUUCUUUUACAUUUAUCAGUUUACGGUGCUUUGGCUCUUUUACUACUUUGCCUACUGGCAGGUGGGUAUUGCCGACACGGCCGUGAUUCUACUAUCUGCCUUUGUCAAGGUGGUUGUUCGUCUACGAUCCGAACACCGGAUCAAGAAAAUGGCCGAGUUCACAGACAAUGUCAAUAUCUUGCGAGACGGCGAAUGGCAAGUCAAAUCUACUGCCGAUCUUGUCCCAGGCGAUGUGUUUGAAGUAGACGAAGGCAAGACGACACCCGUAGACGCCGUUGUACUGAACGGCAACAUUGUAGCCGACGAAAGCUCAUUGACGGGCGAACCGCUGCCUAUCCGGAAAUUCCCGCUACGUACAGACGAUCCUACGCCCUACGACCGUAUUGGCGCAGGCAAGACAUCGACCAUCUUUGCAGGCACAACCAUCUCACAAGCCGAACGCACUGCACCAGGCCAACCCGUCGCUGCUCUGGUCACACACACAGGUACUGGCACGGACAAGGGCGAGCUGGUGAAAAAGAUUCUGUUCCCAACCCGUGUCUCGUUUGUCUUUGAUGAACAAAUCAAGAUUGUCAUUUUGAUCCUGCUCUGCUGUGGCUUGAUUUGUCUUGCUUUGGCUAUCUGGCUGUAUGCCAAGGGCACCUCAGCUUGGUUUUAUGCCAUGUUUGCUAUCGCUCAACUUGUCUCGCCCUUGUUGCCAGCUGCAUUAGUCGUGGGUCAGUCUGUUGCUGCUGGCCGUCUUCGAGACAAGAAUAUCUUUUGUGUUGAUCUACCACGUAUCUUGAUGGCUGGCAAAGUUCAGCUCUUCUGCUUUGACAAGACAGGCACAUUGACGCGUGAAGGUCUAGAGUUCUAUGGCGCCCAACCGAUUGCCGAUGUGAACAAUAUCGUCGACCAACGCGCCAACAAUGUUGAUCCACGCUUUGGCGAUUUCCACAACCAUGUGCUCGACGUACCCCGUCUCAUGCAAAUGGGCCUUGCCACGUGUCACGCUGUCACUAUAUUGAACGACCAAUUUAUUGGUAACCCAGUCGAUAUCGAAAUGUUCAAGUCGUCAAAGUGGAAACUCGAAAUGACAUCCCAUGAAAAGAAUAAGGACAACUAUGUGGAUACAUUUACUCCGCCUGUCGAAAAGCCAGGUGAUAAUGCGGAUCCGGUACAUAUCUUGAAACGCUUUGAAUUUGUGCAUGCGCGCAUGUCCAUGUCAGUGGCCGUGUUGGAUACAACGACAAAUAAGGUGCAUGUCUUUGUCAAGGGCGCGUAUGAAAAGGUCAAGGAUUUGUCGAGUCCGCAAUCCGUGCCGGAGGAUUAUGAUGAAGUCUCUUCUGGAUUAGCACGUAGUGGUUGCUAUGUCCUUGCAUUGGCACAUCGCGAGCUGGAUCUAGACGAAGUCGGUGGCCUCGAAGCACUACGCCACUGGAACCGUGACAAGUUAGAACAAAACAUUGAUUUCAUGGGCUUGAUCAUAUUCAAGAACCAGCUCAAGGACGACACGACCGAGAACAUUGCCGAACUGAAACGUGGCGCCACACGCACCAUCAUGAUUACGGGUGACACUGCAUUGACAGGCGUAUACAUUGCACGCCAAUGCGGUAUGGCGCAAGAGGGGAGUAGAGUAUUACUCGGUGACUACAACCAUGAAGAGGACAGGGUCUUUUGGUUUGACGUUGACGAGCCAGACACUUUUAACGAUGUGAAUGUCGACGACUUUUUGAUGGAUAAGGAGCACACACCCGUUGAGCUUGCAGUGACGGGCAAGGCAUUCCAUUGGCUUGUAGAACAAGAUAUGAUCCGCAAGUAUUUGUUGGAUAUCCGUGUCUUUGCUCGUAUGACGCCGAACGGGAAAGUCCAAUGCGUUCAAUUGCAUAUGGAACGCGGUAUUACUGGCAUGACCGGUGAUGGUGGUAAUGAUUGUGGUGCGCUACGUGCUGCUCAUGUCGGUAUUGCCAUGUCUGAUGCCGAAGCGUCCAUUGUCUCGCCUUUCAGUACAAGUGUACGAAGCGUAAAGUCUUGUGUCGAGUUGUUACGUCAAGGAAGAGGUGCCCUUGCAACCUCCAUCACGAAUUACAAGUAUUUGAUCCUGUACGGACAAGUCAUGAUGAUGCUCAAGAUCUUUACGUUUUAUUUCUCAAUCACCAUGUCACAGAACGUGUGGAUUGUCGUUGAUGUAUUUAUCACUGUGUUUUUAACAUGGUGCGUUUCUCACGCCAAGGCAGCAGAAAGGUUGGCAAACCAGCGUCCUACUGCUCGUCUUCUUGGACCGCAGACGCUGGCGUCAGGAAUGGGUCUAGUAGCAAUUAACUGGCUAUUCUUGAUCGGCGCUUUUGUUAUGCUUUACAAAGAAAACUGGUUCCGGUGCAAUGAAUUCGAUGCAUCAGCAGUCAACUUGGCCAAAUGGUGGCUUUUAGCAGACAACUACGAAGCCGAAGUCCUUGCUUUAGUGUGUCUUUACGACUUUAUCAACAAUGCAGCUGUAUUCAACUUUGGCUACAAGUUUAGACAAAGCUGGUGGCGCAAUUAUCCUUUGGUGAUCCUCUGGGCAGGCUAUCUUGUCAUUGUUUCCUAUUGGACCCUGGCAGAUCCAAACAACUUUGCCUGUAUGUUCCGUUUCAAUUGUGGCACCAAGAGUGUCUUGGCACAGAUUGGAUAUACGCCUCCGUCAAGAUCAGUGGAACCUUAUAAUACGCCCCUGGGUCACAACGUCAUGCCGUGGGAUUUCCGCUGGCGGUUGUGGGGUCUGUGCGUAGGAAAUAUGGUUGCCACAUUAGCCUAUGAGAAAUUGGUGGUCUUGGGCCCUGUUCACAGGUUCUUGUCACGGCAUUUCCCUGUUGAACGCUUAAAGGUCAAGUACUAGUCUAAGUAUAAACACACGCGUAAUAUGUAUAUAAAGU